UAGAAAACUGAAAAUAAAAUCGUCCGUUGCCAAAAGAAUUGUUAAAAUUAAAAUAGGGCAACAAAAAUGUUUGGCGCCGAAGCAAAUUGCACGCCAAUAUGGGUUCAAGCGCAAUUUCCAAUUGCUUCCAGAAACUGCAUUUCCAAACCCAGAACUUGUUUCCUUAAAAAUAAACCAAAUCCAAGUUCAAAAUUGGGCGAAACCCAGAAUUCAUUUGCCUUAUCUCACUCCAUUUCGGAUUUAACUCUUCAGAGAAGGAAGAAAAACUAUACCUAUUUCUCUUUGAAUGCUUCCGCAGCUUCAGUUGGAAGUGCAGAAUACGCUGAAGAGCCUGCUACGAAAGUGGCAUUUCAGACGACUUUGAGUUUGCCAAGUUGCUCAAGUUCAUUGUCAUUGCUUGGAACUGGAUUCAGGGAAAAAGUCUUUGCAAUCAUCGGUGUUAAGGUCUAUGCUGUGGGCCUUUACGUAAAUCCAUCUGUUUUCAGUAAAUUGGACUCAUGGAACGGACGAUCAGCUGCUGAAAUUCAAGAGGAUUCAUCUGUUUUCAGCUCAAUUUUUCAAGCUCCUUUGGAGAAAUCAUUACAGAUUGUUCUUGUUAGAGAUGUAGAUGGUAAAACUUUCUGGGAUGCCUUGGACGAUGCCAUUUCUCCAAGAAUCAAAUCACCCACGCCUGUCGACGAAACUGCUCUGUUCACAUUUCACAGUAUCUUCCAGGGGCGGCCCCUUAAGAAAGGGACUUUCAUAUUCUUGACUUGGCUAGACCCAUCCAAAAUGCUUGUUAGCGUUUCAUCGGAUGGGCUAAUUCCUUCCAGUGUGGAUGCCACAAUUGAAUCAGAACAUGUUGCUUCUGCUCUUUUUGAUGUCUUCUUCGGAGAAGCUCCAGUUUCUCUCUCCUUAAAAGCUUCGGUCGCCAACGGGUUGGCAACAAACCUCAAGUAGAUUGCCAUCAGAGUUGAGUUUUUCCAAAUUUAUUUUCCGUCAGUAGACACGUUAACGUUCAUUCGAUCUUCGUAUGUUUUUGUUAUUACUCAAAAUGUUGUUCGCCAGUUUUGUGUUAUGCGUGUAUCUUGGAUCUUACCGGGAAGUAAUGCAGAACUUCAAUGGUAAAAGCAUUUUUCUCAACGACCUAGAUGUACAGUUUCUAGCAAACUCAGAAAACAAAAUAAGCUUCUUUUCCCCCCAAAAUCACCUAAUUUCUUUUAUAGGAAAAGCAAUCUGCAAGUUGGCCUGAUUGGUCAUUUAUGGCAUUGAGAUUGUAUCAAGGGAAGUGAUAGUGUCAUGUGGUAGUGUUACACAUCCAUGUGUCUAGUGCUUAGAUCUCUCAUCUUAAAUGUACUCUGCACCCUUUAAAACUACAAAUUGCUACUUUCUUAUAGACCA